AUGAAUCACUUGGUUUCUUCUGUUCCUUCAGUUGUUGGAAGGCUACUGUUCCUUUUCAUUGGCUACAGUUGCGCCGCUCUUGGUGGGCUAUUGCCAAAGCUUUGGCUCCGCUUCAGUGCCUUGCUGGGUGCGAAGUUGUUGAGCUACUUUUGCAGCGCCGUACUCCACCUCUACCCACACCCUUCAGUUGAGAUUUUCAAUGUCUGGUUGCGGAUGGACUUGGUCGGGAUUUGCUUUGCAGUGUGGGCUCCCACCUCCGUCUUCUUGGACGAUGCACGACUUUGGCUGCUCCACUUCGCUUGCGCCUGUGCAGUGGCUGGCUCAACUCAUCGUUUGAUUGAUUCGAAAUUGGCGAACGCCUCGGAGUCUGACCUGAAAAGACUGGACAGGAAGCGAACCCUCAGGACUGUGAUCAACACCCUUUACUUUCUUUGGUGCUUGGUACUCUGCGGUAUUGGCUACGACUUUCAGCAUCUCUGGAUCAUUGGAGCCGUCAUCUAUAGCAUCGGCUUCUUUCUUGCACCGCCCUUCUCGCGACGAUAUCCUGAUAUGCCUUGGCAUUUCAAAGGCCUCAACGGUUGGCAUGAGGACUUUCAUCUGACCGUGGCUCUGGCAGACCUGGCCUUCAUCAUGAUGGCAUAUGAUGUGCUGCAAGCUGCCGAGUAA